GGGUACGGGAACUGUCAAACAGGCGAGAUUGUUUACCAAAAAAUGUUGUACCAGGGGCAGGAGCGACCGAACGUUCAGUGAGGAAAAUAAUAUGCGAAUGGGCGAUCGGCGAGGUAGGCUGUAGUGUACAUAACAUCUCGAUGCGAGGGAGCACAGAAUCUAAGCACGACUGAUCUCUCGAUUCCGACGCAAAGGCUUCAAAUGUGGCGCCCUUCGUUUGGAUCUGCACCCGGCGAGACUGUAUGGAAUGAGCAACGAAUACACACACUGAAUGCAAACAGCACCAUGUUAAAGCCGCUCCCCAGAUCGGCCGUUUGAGCGAUAUAAUCAUCGAUACAAAAAGAGCAGCCCCCCCCCCCCCCCCCCUCUCCUCACAGCAAAGUAGGCAGCAAAACAUCCGGUUUAAAUGCCGCACUUCGAACGCACCCACUAACUGCCGGUGCAUCGAACCAGAAGGUUCAAGCGUGUAGUAACGGGAAGAAAACGCUUCCUUUCGCAAUCGUUCGUACGCGGCGUGACCGCAGCGGGGCCUGGAGACACGCUGUGCCCCGCCGUGUCUGUUGGGGCCGCAAUUCCCCUCCGUACUGGUGCCAAUGUGUUUCCGGUCUGCACAUAAGGUGUGAUACGGCUUGCCCUGGUUUUGUCGACCUUUGGAAGGAUUUUUUCACGUGCCAGUUUGCGCAACAAACCGACAUCAGUAAUCAUCAGCGGCACCGGCCACUGCGGUCCGGUGUGCUUUGACGCCAAGCUGGAUCUUUUGCGCUGGCUAGCGUGCUUGGUGGGCGCACUCGCGCUCGUGCUGGUCGAGGCGGUCGCACUGCAGCACCAGCUCGACGCGUCCGACUCUGGGCCCGGCGGACCGGCGCUAGAGGAUGGGCCGGGCGGCCGGAUGGGAACGAGUGGCAGCGGCCAUGCCGGCGGGCACCAUCACCACCGGCAGCCGGCUGAACCCGUCGGCGUUGAAGAAAACGACCAGGAGGAAACGAUCGUGGUGCCGCAGGUUUCGCGCAGCAUCAGCGCCAGCCACGGGCGGCCGUACGAGCGAGCCAACGGUGGAAGCGGUGGGCUUGGUGCCCAGGGCCGCAAUGGGCACAAUGGCAGCAGCAGCAAUGGUAGCAUCGGAAGCAACGGCAGCAACGGCAACAGUGGUAGUAGCAAUGGCGAAUCCACCUCCUACCGUGCGACGAAGAAAGCGCCCCAGGAAGGGAACGGUGUCCAUCACGACAACGAGCACACGAUCCGGAUGCUGAUCGACUGGAACUGGCCAAAGUGCUUCAGCUUCGAGCCGAAGGAGCAUCUAUACUAUCACAUCGGGCAUGCGCUGUUUCUGGUGGCCUUCCUCGCACCGAACAUACCGUGCGGGUUCCUGUGGUUGCGCUGUGCGGCCAUCGCCGGCUGCAUACUGAUGGUGCUGUGGGGCUGGUUCGUAGCCUGCAGCCUGGACGCGGUCGUCUGGUUCAGCCUGUUUCUGCUGGUGAACGCUUUCUACGUGGUGGUGCUGCUCUGUAAGCUGCGCCCGGUCAAGUUCGAGAAGGAGAUUGAAUCGGUGUACGUUGCCUUGUUUAAGCCGCUGCGCGUGUCGCGCCACCAGUUCAAGAAGGUGCUGAACUGCAUGAAGAUUGUACGGCCGCUGAAGUACCAGGAAAUUUACGUGCAGGAAAAAAUAACCAAAGUCGACAGUUUGUCUCUAGUGCUGUCGGGAAAAUUAGUAGUUUCACAGAAUCAAAAAGCGCUUCAUAUAGUAUUUCCACAUCAGUUUCUCGAUUCACCCGAAUGGUUCGGUGUUUCUACCGAUGACUAUUUUCAGGUGUCAAUCAUGGCGAUGGAGGAGUCGCGUGUACUCAUCUGGCACCGGGAUAAGCUGAAGCUUUCCAUCAUGGCGGAACCGUUCCUGCAGGCCGUGUUCGAUCACAUACUCGGACGGGAUGUGGUGAAAAAAUUAAUGCAGGUCACACAGGUCAGCGAAACGAUGGCGCAAAGCAACGGCUGCAUUGCGUCAGGCUAUGGCGACGACUCGGAAGAUAAACCGAUGCUGGUGAUGAAGAGCAAAGGUACCGACAAUGGGGGGCACGGGCUGACGGCCUUGAUAAAUCGCCAGCUGCAAGCUCUCCCACGGAUCUCGAAGUAUUAUUACUGUGUAGCAACCGAUCAUAAUGCGUGGCGGCUGGGACGAAUCGAUGAAACCGACCACGAGACGGCCGUAUAGAAGUUAUCGGACCAUCAUCUUAGCGGGCUGACCUGAGUGCGGGCCGGCAACAGCAGGACAACACUUUCAAAUACAACCAAUUUUGUGAUACUAUAAAUGUUAUUAUCUGUAAGACGCCAUGUUAGAGUAUCUUUGAGAAAGGGGAAAGUUAAAAAGAAAGGGAGAGAGAAAGAGAGAGCAAGAGACAAAGAGAGCAAGAGAGAGAGAGAGAGAGAGAGAGAGAGAGAGAGAGAGAAAGAGAGAUAGGCGAUAAAAAUGAAUGAUUUUAUAAAAAUAAUAAAAUCCCUGUAAGGAAUUGUUCAAAUACUAAAUGUCUUAGGAUUUGUCGCUGGAAGGCCAUAGUGCUGUUGGAUGCUUUCAUUACAUUACCAACCGACAGUACAGACGCGAUACUUGAGAUGGACAACAGCGAACGAAAGAUAAUGAAAUAGGGAGGGAGAAAGAGAGUAAGACCGAAUGCUGCAGAUUAUAAUGAAAUAGUAAAUGGGACAUUGGCUGUUGAUCGUUACUUCGCGAUCCAUGUCAAAAGGCAGUGUUUUCUUCUCAUACAUUUAAUUUAUUUGCCCAACAUCGCUUAUCUUUCCUUUCAUCUAUAUGUUUAUAUUUUGCACAGGAAAGUAAAGACAAAAAUCAAGAACUCUUUGUUCAUAAAUUCAUAGCUCGUUCAAAGCCAUCUUACCAAAAGAAGAUGUACAAAAACCUCCCAAACUGUCACUUUAAUCUCUAUUACGUAAACUUAAUACAAUUUUAAAUGACAAUACUAUAAACGACGCGUUCGUCUUGUGAUUGUUUUCCAACAUUACUUUAAUUAAAAGUAUGUUUGAAAAAUAAAAACGGAUAUCAGAAACGUUUAUACACGUUGCACUGACGCGCGGUUAGGAAACAUUAAAGCGAGUGAAACAUAUAGCGAGUGAUAUAUGUCAUUGCAGUCGGUGAAAGGAAAUCAAGAUCAGGAUAGUGCUGAUAGGAAAAGCGUGCUCUAGCAGAAACUAUUUUUCAAUUUAUGCAAUCGCUUGCCUUACUAAAUACUAUUGAAUAAUACAGAAAACCAAAAAUACUCCCAAUAGUCUUCUGCUACUUUUAGGGGCGAUAAUUUUGUUACUGUCGGGUUCAGGUUCCAGUACAUCCUGGAUAACACAUCGUUGUGCCGAGGAAAGUACAGUUAAUUACUUAUGCAAGAUAUACUGUCAAAGGAACUAUGGCAUUGCAUCGUUCCGAUAUACGGUUUGCGUACUUCAAAGCGUCGUAGGCAAUACCAGGCCAAAAAUCAUGCAAUAAUACACAUUGCAAAGUUGGUUGUUUAAACCCAUUGUAAUAAACCCGCUGGUUCUGUUUCUCAAAAAUGGUUGUUGUCCGGGAUGCGCCUACCCCUUGAACCCGCAAAGCUGCCGCCUUCGCAUUUAUUAUCAAUCUGUCGGCGGUUUAAGUGUCAGUUAAACAGGCGAAACAUAGGCGAGAUAGGAAGAAAAAAAGGCGGUAACACUAUUUCGCUCGCGACUGGACGGGCAGUCGUAGACUUAGACACCCCCGCACACUUACACCCACAUUUGCCUGCACGGUGCACGCAUUUGGUUUGUCGGUGGUUUGCUGGCGGCAAGUACCAGUAGUAGUUCGGUGGGUCGAGCCGUGUUUAGUGUAGCACACAGCGGGCACAUUUAUACACGGCUGAACCGUAAUGGCGUUAGUGUGUGACUUUCAAUGUGCAUGUUUUAAUUGAAUCGUUGUUGUGAAGCAAAAGCAGGUUAACGUACGGUGCGCACUGUUCUGCGGAAUAGUUGUUUUAAAACAAAACAAAAGAACCCCAUAUGGAUAGAUAUACACUAUUAAUAAUAGAUAUAUAUACAUAUAAUAUAUUGUAUUUUUCCUUAGCCAACCUGAAACAGUUGGUGUCGUGAAGCAUUCUGAGUUGGUUUAACUACCUGAAAGGAAACUCUGAAAUGCACGGACACGAGGUGUAAAGAUAGUACCCAUAGGUUAAAAACGUGGACGUGUGUUGAGGCGAUGGUGCUGCAAAAAACUCAUCCUAGCUUCAUUAAAUUUGUUAGACUCUUGUUCAUUUUUACCCUCCUCUCAAUCCCUUUUCCUUACUAGUGCUAAUUUCUUCCUUCUAUCCCUGUUGAGAUAUAUGAAAAGAACCGAUUCUAUAGUUAUACAAAUUUAGGUGAAAUACAUAGCAAAAGUGAAAGUAACAGAGCGGUAAAUCGAGAGAAAAAGAGGAAGAAAGCAAAAACCAAACACAAUACUUCAAGAACAAUGUGAUGUCUCCGGAAUCAUAGAGAACCUUCUUUCGGCAUGAGCAGGACGUUAUGCGGAAUAUUUCUCUCAUUUUUGUUUAGAUAGGACAAAAUAAUCAUCUAGCAGGGAGGUAAGGGUUUGACAAUUACUGACCCGUAAAUAAGCAAAUAGGUGGCAAAGAAAUGGCAACCUGUACUGAAGCCGUACAUAUGGCGGGAGACGAAUCACAGCAAACCCCUUGCAGAGGACCUCUUUGGCAGGCGUUAGAGUUUAACGUUAGUUCUGUGUAAAGCCCGCGGUGAGAUUUGGCGCCGCGGCAAAUGUAUGAACGGUUACUUAAAUAAUGAAAAUAAAAAAAAAUCCUACAUUUACACUAACAAA